AUGGAGCUCCUCAUGCACCUUGGCCUAGACAAAGACAUGCUCGACCUUGGUUUUGGGAUCGAAGAGUAUCACCCCUCGAGACUGACACUAGCCUUGUCGACCACUCUCAAAUCGCUGUUCUUGAUGCAUCAGCUUCUGGCUUUCUCCUCUCGCCAUCCAGGUCAUUUACAUCCUGAGCGUUUCACAUUUCAUAACCAUCAAGCUGUAGCCGUACGAACCAAGGUUGUCUCUCUUUUCAAUGCUACCCCAUCCACUGCCGAUAUCGACCAGACCAACUGCGUCAUCGUACUCCUCUCCGCGUGCAUUCCGUGCCACCACAUCCUCACAGACGCGCUUUCCUGGCGAAGACUUGGAGGCAUCCAAGUUUUCGUGAGACGCACCGGGAUAUCCCGACAAUCGCUGCAGCCGCGUGGCCGACGCCGACGGAAUCAGAACUCGGGCGCAUCCUUUCGCUGA